AUGAGUGAUUGUAAUGAUAUUAAACUACAACGAAUUAUUCCAUCUGAAACUGAUAAUUUAUUAAAGGAAUCAAGUAACGAUGAAAGUAAUAAAGUUAGAAAUAACUCACAGGCAAAUUUACCUAUUGAUAUUGUCGUUGAGACAAUUACUGCAGCUGUCAAUCUUCCUGACUCAGAUGAAGAAGAUGAAGUAAUAACUAUUAAGGCAUUAAAUUAUCACUUAGGAAAAAAAGGAUUUAAAGUAACAGAACAAGAAAAUGGUGCUGACUUAGAAAUAACAACAAAACUAGAUGAAGCAGAUAAUUAUGAUGAUGGUGGUCGUAAAAAGAAAAGUAUUGUAAUGUUCAAAAAAGGCCAUAGAAGAGCAUGGUCAAUGCCAUAUAAUAAUAAAGAAAAAAAUGUUGUGGCUGUUGUUAAUAAUGAUGAGUAUGUAAUUGAUGAUAAAAAUAAAAAACACAUAAUACGUUAUCGUUUACAUCCAAAAAAUGAGGAUGGUUCUAAACAAAAUAUUAAUUCUAGUAUUGAAUUAAAAAAAGUACCUAUCUUGAAAAAUUUUGAUGUCCCUCCUACUGAUGUUGCUGUAGAUGAAUUAAAUGUUGAUUUGGAUGAAAAUGAAGUAUUAUGUUAUACAGAGGAAGAGAUUGGUAAAACAAAAACAAGAACCGUUAUAAGAAAAUUAUGGGAACCAAAAUGGACUACCCAAAAUUUUGAACUUCUUCCUGAAUGGUUACAAGAUAAUGAAUUUUUAAAGACAGGACAUAGACCUCCAUUGUCUAGUUUUUCUGCAUGUUUUAAAUCUAUUUUUGCUCUACAUACAGAAACAGGAAAUAUUUGGACUCAUAUGUAUGGAUGUGUUAUCUUUUUUGGGAUAGCAUUAUGGUUUCUUACACGUCCUAUAACAAUGAUACCUGUUGUUGAAAAAUUAAUAUUUUCAGCAUUUUUUUUUGGUGCUGUUGCAUGUUUAGGAUUGUCAUUUGCUUUUCAUACAGUAGCAUGUCAUUCUGAUGCUGUAGGAAGAUUGUUUAGCAAAUUGGAUUAUACUGGUAUAUCAUUACUAAUAAUAGGUUCAUUUGUACCUUGGAUAUACUAUAGUUUUUAUUGUCGUAAAUUACCGACAAUUAUUUAUAUAAGUAUGAUAACAGUACUAGGUAUAAGUGCUAUAAUUGUUGCUUUAUGGGAUAAAUUUGCUGAGCCCACCUUUAGACCAGUACGUGCUAUAGUUUUUGUUGCAAUGGGAUUAAGUAGUGUAAUUCCUGUAAUUCACCUCCUUAUAACAGAUGGUUUUUGGAGAUUAGUUGAUGCCUCAUCUUUUCAAUGGCUUAUACUUAUGGGUUUUUUCUAUCUUUUAGGUGCAACAUUAUAUGCUACUAGAACACCAGAAAGAUUUUUCCCAGCAGCAUUAGUACAUUUUUAUGGAAUUACAAGAACAGCAAGUCAUUUUCUUGAAGAAGGAUCAUGUAGAGAACAAUUAGCAGAACAAUUUGGUCCUAAUUAUGAAAUAAGUUCAGUUGAUCGUUUAUUUGGAUUAGUAUAA